AUGUCUGAGAGCAAACCAAGCACGUCAUCGCUCUCGCCGGGCGACCCGCAGUUGCAGCCACCGCCGCAACAGGCUGUACAGAACACAGGAGAUGAAGAAGAGACGGAUAGUGAAGAUGAGCUGGAAGAGAUUGAUCUGGACAAAGGGAAUGAUGGAGUGCAGAAGAACAUAGCAAGGCUAUUCAAGAUCUUGGUUAAGGACAGGCGCAAGGAGACGGAACACCGUUCAGAAGUCCGCAAGCCGACUGACUUCAAAGGGACUGAGAACUCUCGAGACGCGCGCAACUGGAUAGACAGCUUUGAACGCUACUACUCCAACCGCAAGGUCAAGAAAGAUGAGGAGAAGAUCAACACCACUCUCUCUUACCUUGUCGGCAAAGCGUCAGACUUUGCGCGUCGUAUUCAGAAGGAGCUAGACGCCUAUGAUGCUUGGAAUGAAGACUACGAGGGUGAAAGCAAUCCACCUCCCGCACCCAAGCACUGCGCUAGCUGGGCUGACUUCAAGAAGCGUUUCCUACAUGAGUUUGUAGAUGCGGAUCCUGUUCAGACCGCACGCGAAGAAAUACGCAAGCUGCGCAUGGAGUCAGACCAGAGGGCUGAAGAGUUCCUUACGGAGUUCAAGAACCUGGCCAUUGAGACUGGUUAUGGAGAUGAAGCCCUUAUCGAUAUGCUUCAAGUAGCGCUCAUCCCGCGUAUCACCUCUAAGAUCUUGGAAUUGCGUAAGAGACCAGAAGACGUAGACAAGGACGUACCCAACUACCGUCCUGAGACCUUGGACGAGUGGUAUGAGGUAGCCGGAGACCUUGACCGGUCUUACCGUCUAACACGUCAGCGCAUGACUGAGAUCAAGGGACAAGGCGCUCAACGCUCAAAGACUACGCCCACACCUGAGACCAACGUACCGCGGAAUAACUCAAACAAUAGUUAUCGCAACAACUUCCGCAACAACUCAGGUGGUGGACAAGGAUCUGGGAACAACCGGCGUGUUCAGUACCAGACCCGCGCAGUCAAGGACAUGAGUGAAGUCAUAUGCUAUCGCUGUGAUAAGAAGGGUCAUAUCUCUCGGGAUUGUCCUACGCGUGCUAGUGGAUCGGGUCAGCAGCAGAACAAGCAGACUGCCAAUCUACGCACCUUGGACAUCUCAGAUGAUACGCUUGAGCUUCUCACUCGCGCACUUCAAAGUGCCAGUGCUCAGCGGAAUGGAGCAAGCACCAAGAAUGGAAAAGGAAAGGAGCCGGAGAAGGGUUUUCGCAAGAACCGGAAGUAG